AUGACAGAGACAAGCACAGAGCCGCCAGCCCCCGGGCGAACGACCUCUCUAGCGACACCUCAAAAUGCAGAAAUAAUAGAGCCAGCGCCUGUACCUCCUGAGAAGAAGCCUGCUGGGCUCAAGGCACCUGUGGCUAUCAAGAAACUGGAUGGUUUCAUCUCGCACCUGAACCGCCUCAUUCACACUCGCGACGGCCAUGACUCUGUCAUCCUAUUCGCGGCAUACGUAGCGCAAUUGGCGGCGGCGAUACUCGAGACUUCAGGAAACGCUAAUUUACAAAAAUGGGCGAACAAAGUUCUAGCUUUGGCCCCGAAAACGCUUGCAUCGAGGGCUCCCUUGUUGCCGCUAGGAUCCAAGCUAUUCUCGUUCUUUUCCGCCGCACCGAGACUCCAGCUACGUCUUGCAGAGCGAUUGAGGGCACUCGUGGAUAUGCUUGACGACUGGAGCGUCAUGAGUCGCUUGUGGGGUCUGUUGACCAUGUGGAUGCUCGCAAAGGAAUUCAUCACAACCCCGAAUACCGACGAUAAAGAACCUCGAGUACGAAAAGUCAAGACGGCCAUUUCAGCUACCCAGAUCGUGUCUCUUAUCGGAUUCUUCAUUUUGGAAAACGUCGCUUGGCUGUCGAGGCGCAAAGUGCUCGCAUGGUCAGACAAGUCGCAGCCCAAACUCAUUCUUUGGUGCGUGCGAUCAUGGGGCGUCUACGUCUUUGCUGAGCUGGGACGGCUAUUGUUCGAGCGUAUUCGCAAGAGACGAGGUGAAGCCGAUCAAGAAGAUGCAGAGGCGCGGACGCAGUGGAAUAAGCAGUUUGUUGAGAACCUGGCAUGGGCACCUUUGACCAUUCACUGGACGACGCCUGGGGGCUUGCUGCCAGAGUCUGUUGCUGCCCUCCUGGCAUCAUAUGCCCAAUUUAUAUCAGUCCAGGGAUUGUGGAAGGAGACUGCUGAGACUGCCUGA